AUGCCGAUGGCAACCCUGGAGCAGCAUGUGGAAGAACUGAUCACAAAUAAUCGCGAACGUUGCAGGCACGUGGAUUUUGUGAAGGUGCCGUGCCGAGCUACUUGCCCAUUACCAGGAAUGGCCUUCUUAUGUCCCAAGGCGCAGGAAGAAUCGAGAUCCGACGACGAGCUUCUGCCGGAUGAUGAAUUAGAAAUACGCUUCUUUUACGCCAAGCACCUCUACCGAGCUGGGCUCUGUAAAAUCAGCUUCCCCAGCUACUACAAGGACGCAGGAGCGCUACUCGCCGAAGCCACAGCCACGGCAGUUGGCAAACUCUCCCCGCUAUAUUUCCAACUUGGAUACGAGCUUUGCAACCUGCUCCCGGAAAACGAGUGGCCCGUUGACAACCUGCGCAACGUCCUCAAAGAGGCAGAGUGCAAGCGCAGGGCAUACCUGCUGCGGCGCAGCGAAACAUGCGAUGACACCUUCCUCAUGGGACUCACACUCAGCGAGCGAAGGCUACACAACGUGGUCAUGCACGGAGACAGCAACGCACUUAUCGCAGCCGCAAAUACACGCAACAUUGCAAACUUCUAUGGACUACAAUUGUAA